CCUCACCGUAUUCACAUCCAUCAGGCUAAAUCAUGCGCCUUAAUCCUUCAAUCCCAAUUCUGAAUCCUUUACUUGGCAAGUUCUUGUCAUGACGUCUUGUGUAGCCCAGAAUCAAUGUCGAUCUCAGUAGGCUGAGAAGCAAAGCUGGGCGCCAAGCAUUUGGCCCCCAAGGCAGAUCUCAUUCUCUUGGUCAACGCCUGAGUCCACUUUCCCUUUCAAGCCAAAUCCACCGCCAACAAGGCUCAGCUUUAUGAGCCACGUAUAAACGCGUCUUGAUUAUGCAGAUUUGGUUGGGUAGUGGACUCUGGGCUGUUCCGUCUCUGCGUACGACUAAUCCUUGGCUUUGCCGAGAAACAUAGCCUUGGAUCAAUAAACAAGGCAGUGCUGUGACGAUGAAGGACAAUCAGGCUGAAGUCCAAAGAAUUCUGCUUAUAUAGAAUGAAGUAUAUCUCGAAAUUUUGGGAUGUUCUAUAGCGAAUUCUUGUAACAACUUCUCCACCAUGAAGUUUCGUACUGUUCUUUUCAGCCAUCUUCUCCUCCAGGUGUCACAGGCCUCAUCUUUACCCAAAGAUGUCUUCGCUACUCUGAACGCCAGAGAUGACAUAAAGAACUCAAACAGCUCCAAGCUCAACUGGUCCGAAUGUGACUUAGAUUUCAAAGACAAUGCGGCAAACAGGCGACAAAAAGACUUUGACUGCGCCAGACUCUCGGUUCCUCUGGACUACACCGCCGCAAGCAAUGGCGAGACCAUCAAGCUUGACCUGAUCAAAGCCAAAGCCACCAAGAAGCCUUAUCUGGGCAGCGUUUUGUACAACCCCGGUGGUCCAGGUGGUUCAGGCGUCGAGUCCGUCCUUUGGGCGGGAGACGAAUUUGUCAGAGUUCUUGGCGGACAAUAUGAUGUCAUUGGAUUCGACCCCCGAGGCACUGGUCGUACGAUCCCGUUCAUCUGUAAUGGCACAGGUCCUGGAAAUUUCACAAGUCCAGGAGGUCUUCGUCGCAGAGAGUUCAACACUAUUCCGCAGGCUGAGACCUGGGAUAUCGUCAGAAAUGAAAUGUGGGAGUAUGCUGGUGCCUUGGCUGAGAACUGCUAUGAGAGUCGACAAGAUACUGGCCGUUUUGUUGGAACGCCGUUUGUUGCGAGGGAUAUGAUCUCUAUUGUUGAUGCGUUGGGUCAAGGACCUAUGCUCAACUACUGGGGUACCUCUUAUGGAACUAUCCUGGGGCAAGUUACUGCAUCAAUGUUCCCUAGGCGUGUUGGCCGCAUGUUGCUCGAUGCAAACUUGAAAGCGGAUGACUACGCAGCCAAUACUUGGACCACCAGUAUGAGAGAUGCCGAGCGAUCCCUUUCCAAUCUUCUGGACGAGUGUGUCGAAGCUGGGAAAGAACUCUGCUCUCUUGCAGACUACCACGGCAACAGCACAACAGGCCAAAGCCUCCUCGCCCAGUUCAGCGAGAUGCUCGAGGGCUACCUGAACGGAACUCUCCCCGGUAGCGAUGUCGACGAAGAAGAUCUCCCCAGCGAUGAUCUAAACCUACUACUCGUCACGUUUAAAAACCUCAUCUUUGGGGAGCUCUAUAACCCCUUUACAUAUCUCAGCAUCAUUAACCGAAUUGAAGGUCUCUUCAAUAGUAACAUCACAGCCAUGUUCCAAAUGAGGAAUGUAAGCCAAAUUGAAAGCGAAUGGAACAUUGCAGCUGCAUACGUCACCAACGGCAUUGCAUGCAGCGACUCUUCGUUCCGAGUUGAGGAUCAGGAUGAUCUGUUCUCGAUUUAUCAAGCUCAUCGUGCAGAGGGUUCUUUUUCGGAGCUUGGAACAGUUGCGAGACUCUUCUGUGCGCAGUGGAAGUUUUCUGCUAAGGAGCAGAUUGAUAUCAACAAGCUUCGUAAUGUCAAGACGAGAAAUCCUCUUCUUAUCGUUAAUGGGCGAUAUGACCCUGUUACGCCUUUGAGUAGUGCAUGGGGCGUUUCUGCUCAGUUCCGAGGAAGUCGAGUCGUUGUUCAUGAAGGUGUUGGCCAUGGAUUAAUGGCUCACCCGUCGAACUGUACGCAAGAGAUUGUCAAGAACUAUUUUGUUGAUGGAGAGAUGCCCAAGCUUAACACUACUUGUCAGCCUGAUGAGCCUGCUUUUGAGUAUGCAGCGCUAUGAGCAAAAGGGCGAAGAAGAGGUGGCCAGUGAAUGGUGUUCGUUAUGAAUGAGAAGCCUGUAACUGGAUUAGAUGCAGAACUUUCAUAGUACAUACUUAGCGUCAACUCCAGAC